ACUUUUCUCAGCUUCUACCCAAACACUUAAACUACAAAAGCAUCCAAAUCAAGAACAAACAUUACUACAUAUAUAUAUAUCAUGGUGAAACAAGAAAUCAAGAUCCAAGUUACUACUUCCUCAAGAUCAUCAUCACUCUCUCAUUCUUCAUCACCUUCUUCCUCUUCGUCAUCGCCACUACGUCAUCACCAAUCUAGUAAGAACAAGAUACAGAAGUACAAGGGAGUGAGGAUGAGAAGCUGGGGAUCAUGGGUUACUGAAAUUAGGGCACCAAAUAAAAAGACAAGGAUCUGGUUAGGUUCUUACUCGACCGCAGAAGCAGCUGCUAGGGCUUACGACGCUGCUCUCUUGUGUCUUAAAGGACCUAAAGCCAAUCUCAACUUCCCUCACAGUACUUCUCCUUUUCUCAUGAACAUCGACGAAAAGACCCUUUUGUCCCCAAAAUCCAUCCAGAAGGUUGCCUCCCAAGCCGCUAACUCAUUCUCUUCUGAGCCUUUUACCCCUCCCUCCGAUGAGGAUGAUCAUGAUCAUGAUCAUAAUGAACUCCAUAACCACCCAUCUCCUUCUUCUUCUGCUGCAUCUUCUCCAACUGAUGAUGGUGAUUUGGCAUCUCAUCAUCAUGAUUGCGAUGAUAGACUCCAUCACCAUCCAUCUCCUUCUUCUUCAGCUGCAUCUUCUCCACCACAUAACGAUGAUGAUGGUGAUUUGGUAUCGUUGAUGGAAUCUUUCGUGGACUUCAACGAACACGUGUCUCUGAUGGAUCAGUCGUGGUAUGGAUUUGAUCAAAGUGAGAUGUUCCUCGCCAACGGAUCUCCAUUUGAUUAUUCUCCACAGUUGAAUAGCUCGAAGACGACGAUGGAUGACUUGUACGACGAUGCUGAUAUCCAGCUAUGGAGUUUCACUUGAUCCGACGGUCCAUAUUAAUUAUACCGCGAGACACCCUUCAGUUCACAUUACUUCAUUUAAUUCAUUCUUUUUAUAAAUAUACCAAUUGAGAUUCGUCGUGUUGUUUGUUUCGUUAAGUUGCUUGUUGCAAGGAGCAAAUUAACUAUUGAUAUGUAUGAAAAAAUGUUAUAUACAUAUUUACAAACUAA